CUCCUCUCUUAAAUGAGAUCUACGGAGUUGUACCCAUGUCUACCACAAAGACCCAUGGGCACCAGUGACAUCAUGCUUACCAGGCCGAAUACCAAGAAACUCGGUACAAGAUGGUUGGUUCGGAUUGGUAUUCUCUUUGGUAUUUUUGCAACCUCCACCCUAAUCUUCGCUUCAUCUAGUGUGGGAGCAUCUAACGCAGAGCCGAGCCUGUACAACACCAGGCAGCUUCUGAGUACUGGAGAUACCAAUGCUACAGUUGUCGAUUCAUGUAGCACUUUGUAUGAGGUGAACCAUGUUCCUGCGUUAUUCGUCACCAUCUAUAUCAUUCUCAUCUUCGUACUCUUCAUAUCGCUAGCAAUUAUCUGCGAUGAUUUCUUCGUACCUUCAUUGGAGGCAAUCUCCGAGAGAUUGGAGCUUUCAGAGGACGUUGCGGGCGCCACAUUCAUGGCUGCUGGAUCAUCCGCCCCAGAGCUGUUCAUCUCCAUCAUAGGGGUAUCUAAAGAGAGUGAUGUUGGAGUGGGAACUAUAGUGGGCUCAGCUGUCUUCAACAUACUAAUCAUCAUAGCCCUAACCGCUGCACUUGCUGGCCAGGUGUUGAAGCUGGACUGGCGCCCAUUGGUUCGUGACUGUAUAAGUUACGGUAUAUCCAUCAUCUGCUUCAUCAUCUUUGCAUGGGAUGGCGUGAUUGAAAUAUAUGAAGCAAUCAUUCUUCUAGGCCUCUAUGUUGCUUACAUUGUUCUAAUGAAGCUUAACAGCAGAAUCAUGAACUUGUCGUGCAAAAGAUGCCGUCGAGGUCAAGUGGAGCCCAUUGAGUCUGGGCUCGGUCAAGAUGACAUGGCUGGAUCAUCAACUAAAGUAGUAACAUCUGGAGACGAGGCAUUCACACCAGCAGUUCAGCUACAAAAACAUACAUCUGUUCAUAGUGAUAGAAAGAUGUCUGUGAUAUCCAACAAGUCUAUCGCAGGAGUACCACCAUCAGCUUCCAAUAAGCAUAUAUUCCAUCAUGUCAAACACGGAGAACUCGCCGCUAACUUUACAUCAUCACAGAAUGAUGUGAAGCGACAGAAUGAAGACGAUUCCCGAUCUGGAUCCCAUUGUGGGGGCCUAGGUAGCAGAAUAGGUAGCUUGGCGGGAAGCGUCAUAAUGGAACAAAACGAUGACAAUACUAUACAAUACCCCGUUGGUCAUCACUAUGGUGAUAUCAAGCGAUCCAAUCAGGCAGCAAUUCAUGAAAAUGACGUCACAAGCAGUAAAAUUGUGAUUGGUGAAUCGCUUAAUGGUUCACAGCCUUCCAGUCCGCAGAGAGAUAUAGCAUUUGAAGUGGAUGGUGAUGCUGGGAGUGUAGGUGGUAUGUCGGCCGAGUUUGGUAGUAGUUCCCGCCUUAUUGUCCCAUCUAAUGGUUUUAAUGAUGCCGAUUCCGGUAUUCAUAGUGCCCAAGGUCCUACCCCACUAAUCCCUGAUCCCUCUGACCCAUCCUAUGUGCACUCUGAUCUUGAACCUUCUGCUCUCAAGGCAACCACGAGACACUCUUUUAGUAAUGUGCAUCACGAACACGUUGUGCCACCACAAGACGGAAACCAACCCAAAGAGAAAGUCAUUGAGGAAGAUGAAGAGAUAGAGGAAGAAUUGACUUUGAAACCUAUCCCGUGUCUGCCAGCUAUAAGCAUGUACUAUCCGGACCGUACUGAAGUUCUUCAAUCACGAUGCGGAUGUCUUCGACUCGUACUCAAAUGGGCAAUGUUCAUUGUGAGCUUCCCUUUUAUGUGUGCGUUUACAUGGACCAUUCCUAACUGCAGUAAUCCUAAAUACAAGCGUUUGUACAUGGUAUCCUUCUUGAUGUCAAUCGUAUGGAUUGCAGGAUUAAGCACUGGUAUGGUAACAAUGGUUGAACGAGCUGGCUGCAUACUGAAUAUAGACCACUAUUUCAUGGGACUGGUCUUUGUAGCAGUUGGAACAAGUGUGCCGGAUGCAUUGAGUUCUAUUUUGGUUGCCCGUGAUGGGUUUGGUGACAUGGCUGUAUCCAAUGCCAUUGGAUCCAACGUCUUCGAUAUCAAUCUUGGCUUGGGACUGCCAUUCUUCAUCCGCAUUCUCGUCACAAGCUCACCCAUCAACUUAUUGUCGGAAACGGAUGAGAUGAUGCUUGCUUCCGGAGCAUUGUUAAUGACACCACAUGCCAAGUUUGGUUUCAUCUUGCUAGCUAUCCUGUUCUUCACUCUUAUCGUCUUCUGUGGAGUCCGGUUCCAGCUCAACAAAUUUGUGGGAGUAUCUUUCGUCAUGUUGUAUGUGGCAUUUAUCGUAUAUGCCUUACUUCAAGAGUUUGUAUGCAAGUAUUCGUGCUAACAACAUACUUGCCCAUUGUCUUCACUACUACUGCUACCGGAUGGCAGUGUCAAUAACAUAAUAAUAUAUACCUGUAUAGCUGUGUGAUUAAAAAUGAAAACCAAGACAAUCAGAAAAUUUGAACUUAGAUGGAAAUUGCACCUUUAUAAAAAAUAACCGAGUUAGUUAAUCAUCUUCACGAGUUACGAUCAAAAACACUGUGCUUUCCACCAUGAAUAAGCGUAUUGCGAAGAGUUCUUAUCGAAUUGAAGUCUUUUGGAACGCUUGGUGGCAGCAGACUUACCAGGCAAAAUCCAUUGUUCUCGGUAGUGUGCGCAUGCUCAGAACUAAUCAAACCCACAAAGAACAAUUAAUUUAUUGAACAAGUGUGCUUUCAGCAUGAUUCAUAAUUGCACUGUCUGACCAUUAUGAAACUAGCCACGAUCAAAAACACUACGCUUUCCAACGCAAUGAAUUAACAAACAUUAACAGCUAGGUGAGAUUUUUACAUUAUUUUUUAUUCAAAAAUAGUUAUUUUCCACGUGAAACGAACAAAAUAAUUUUUGGCACUCACUUCCUACAUACACCCAUAGCAAACCACUAUUGAUUUAAGGUAGCCAAGUUUCGUGGUUUUGUGUAGGUCUUGAGACGUUAAGAUGCGAAUAAUUCUACAACACGGUUUAAACUAGCUUUAUUACAUUGCACAAAAGGAUGUUACGUCUCAAGCUGUGUAUAUUAAAACAAUAGAUCUUCACAAAUUUCUGAUUAAUUUGACAUUAGUUUGUGUCAGUAACGUUUAACGAAUUAGUACAGCGACUGGUUUCGGUGUGUUCUGUUUAAUACAGAAUUAAUGUACACUCAUUUAUAGCUAACAAUGACAAACUCAUUGACUUAUUUUUUUUGUCCAAUAUUUUCUUUGACACUAAUAAUGUUUCUUUUCGAUUGUGAAAGAUAUGCAAAGUAAUUUAAAGGGAUAUCGUUUCAAUAUUCCACCAACGCAAUAUUUAUCAGUACAAAUUGAUAUAUAUGUAUUAAAAUUGAACAAAGAGAGUGAUCAUAUUGAAGAUAUAUACCACUGUAGUUGGAAGAAAUCACCUUGUAAAAUAUUAUAUAAUGAUGAAUUUUAGUAGGUUUGUUUUGAUACUGCAUCAUUUGUGACGGCACUCCAAUGCACAAUUUCAAUAUUAUGUUUGGAUAUAAAAAGAUAAAGAUCUUAGUGUGAAUUUUGUUGUUUGUUUCCUUGAAGGUGACUAUCACAAACUAUCCCUAUAGAAUCAUUCCUCUUCCAGAUCUCACUUGUUGAAUAAAACAAACUGACAUUAAACAAUGUGUGUAAACAAUAGUAGUCUGUGUCUGAUAUAUUUCCCACUGGGCGGGGGCUGGAGGUGGA